CCGGCCGUGAGCUGAGCUGCGAGUUGGGCGGCCAAAGCUGGGAAUCCCGCUCGGCCGUGCGUCACCUGAGGCGGGCUGCAGCGAUGAACAGCGAUGAUUCCUCCCUCAUGGCUACGAUCAUUUACUACAGCCAGGAAAAGUACUUCCACCAUGUACAGCAGGCUGCGAACAUGGGCCUAGAGAGGUUCAGCAGUGACCCUGUGCUGCAGUUCUUCAGAGCGUAUGGAGUCCUCGGGGAAGAUCGCAUCCACGAUGCCAUCAGUGAGCUGGAGAGCAUCCAAACCCACCCAGACAUGUCCCUGUGCUCUGUCAUCGCUCUGCUCUAUGCUCACAAGUGCUGUGACACCACUGACGAAGAAGCAGUUCAUGAGUUGGAGAGUAACUUGAAAAAAAUCCGCAAGACGGCCAGUGACACUGCCCUGUACUAUGCCAGCCUCUUCCUCUGGCUCACCGGCCACCACGACAGGGCCAGAGAGUACGUGGACCACAUGCUGAAGGUCUGCAGUGGCUCCAAAGAGGGCUACGUGCUCAAAGGCUGGGUGGACCUCACUUCCAGUAAGCCCCACGUUGUAAAGAAAUCCAUCAAGUACCUGGAACAAGGAACUCAGGACACCAAAGACGUGCUGGGGCUCAUGGGCAAGGCCACAUACUUCAUGACACAGCAGAACUUCUCCGGAGCCCUGGAGGUGGUGAACCACAUCACCGUGGCCUGGGGGAAUUUCCUGCCGGCCUUAGUCCUGAAGAUGAGGCUCUUCUUGGCUCGACAAGAUUGGGAACAAACGAUAGAAACUGGACAGAGAAUCCUUGAAAAAGAUGAAAGCAACAUUGAUGCCUGGCAAAUUCUAGCUGUGCAUGAGCUCGUGAGAGAAGGAAACACAGACAGAGCUACUGAUCAAGUUAGAAACCUAAUCAGGGCACUAGAGACUCGAGAACCCCAGAAUCCAAGCCUCCACCUCAAGAAGAUCCUUGUAGUCAGCAGGCUGUGUGGAAGGCACCAGGUGGUCCAGCGGCUUGUGAGCGGCUUCAUGGAGCGCAUCUUCAUGGCCACCCCCUCAUGUGCACUUGUGGCCACAGAGCUGGGUUACCUCUUCAUCCUGCAGCAACAAGUGAAGGAAGCAACUCUGUGGUACAAGGAGGCCAUAAAGCUGGAGGAGAACAGGCUGGCUGCCCUGGCAGGGAGCAUCUGGUGCCAGAUCUUACAGGGCCAGCUGGAGGAGGCCGCGCAGCAGCUGGAGUUCCUCAAGGAGGUGCAGCAGUCCUUGGGGAAGUCUGAGGUGCUGGUCUUCCUCCAAGCCCUUGUGGCAGCUAAAAAGCAAAAGCUGGAGCAAGAGGCCACAGCCCUCCUGAAGGAGGCAGUGGAGCUGCAUUUCUCCGGCAUGCAGGGCCUGGCCCUGAGCCCCGAGUACUUUGAAAAGCUGGACCCCUUCUUUCUGGUCUGCAUUGCCAAGGAGUAUCUGCAUUUCUGCCCCAAGCAGCCUCGGUCACCUGGCCAGCUGGUGUCUCCGCUUCUUAAACAAGUCGCUAUGAUCUUGAGUCCUGUGGUGAAGGUAGCCCCAGCCAUGAUGGACCCACUGUUCGUGACAGCUCAGGUCAAGUUUCUCUCAGGAGAACUGGAAAAUGCCCAAAGCACCCUGCAGCGCUGCCUGGAGCUGGAUCCCACUUAUGUGGAUGCCCACCUCCUCAUGUCCCAGAUCUACCUGGCCCAGGGCAACUUUGCCAUGUGUUCCCACUGCUUGGAGCUGGGUGUCAGCCACAACUUCCAGGUCCGAGACCACCCCCUCUACCACUUCAUCAAAGCUAGAGCCCUCAAUAAGACUGGCGACUAUGCCGAGGCCAUAAAGACCUUAAAAAUGAUCAUGAAGUUGCCCACCUCGAAGGCAGAAGACAGCAGGAAGUGCCGAAGCCCCUCCGUCCGGCCCAGCGAGCGGGCAUCCAUCCUGCUAGAGCUUGUGGAGGCCCUCCGACUGAAUGGCGAACUGCACGAGGCCACCAAGAUCAUGCAGGAUGCCAUCAACGAAUUCAGCGGCACGUCGGAGGAGAUGCGGAUCACAAUCGCCAACGUGGACUUGGCCCUGAGCAAAGGCAACGUGGACUUGGCGCUGAGCAUGCUAAGAGGCAUCACGCCCAAGCAACCCUGCUACACAGAGGCCAAGGAAAAGAUGGCCAGCAUCUACCUGCACACCCGCAAGGAUGCGCGUCUCUACAUCAGCUGCUACCUGGAGCUUUGUGAACAUCUGCCCGGGCCCCACAGCAGCCUGCUACUGGGUGACGCUUUCAUGAGCAUUCAGGAGCCUGGGAAGGCCCUGGAGGUGUACGAUGAGGCCUAUAGAAAGAACCCUCACGAUGCUUCCUUGGUGAGCCGGAUAGGACAAGCCUAUGUGAAGACCCACCAGUACGCCAAGGCCAUUAAUUACUACGAGGCUGCCCAGAAGAUCAGUGGGCAGGACUUCCUGUGCUGCGAGCUGGCCGAGCUACUCCUAAAGCUGAAGAAAUACCACAAAGCAGAGAAGGUGCUGAAGCAGGCCUUGGAACGAGACUCCGGGGUCAAGGACAUCACAUCCAUGAUGAAUGAGGUUAAGUGUUUGCUUUUGCUGGCAAAGGUUUACAAGAGCCAUAAGAAAGAAGAUGUGAUGGAAACACUGAACCAGGCCUUGGACCUCCAGGCUCGGAUACUGAAGCGGGUUCCUCUGGAGCAACCAGAAAUGAUCCCCUUCCAGAAGCAGCUGGCAGCCUCCAUCUGCGUCCAGAUUGGGGAGCAUUAUCUAACAGAGAAAGAUUACAACAAUGCUGUGAAGUCCUACAAGGAUGCCCUCUCCUACUCGCCCACAGACAACAAGGUGGCACUGGAGCUGGCGCAGCUCUACCUCCUUCAAGGCCAGCUGGACUUGUGUGAACAGCACUGCGGCCCUCUCUUACAGAUGGAGCAGACCCAGGCGAGAGCUGCUGUGGUGCUGGCUGACCUGAUGUUCAGAAAACAAAACUAUGAAGCGGCCAUCAGUCUCUACUACCAGGUGCUGCAGGGAGCUCCAGACAAUUUUCUGGUCUUGAAUAAAUUGAUUGACCUGCUACGCCGAAGCGGCAAGCUUGAAGAGGCUCCUGCUUUCCUGGAGCUGGCCAAGAAGGUGUCUAGCCGGGUGCCUUUGGAGCCAGGGUUUAACUACUGCCAAGGCGUUUAUUGCUGGCACAUUGGACAACCCAAUGAAGCCUUGAGGUUGCUGAACAAAGCCCGAAAGGACAGCACUUGGGGCCAGAAUGCCACCUUCCUCAUGGUACAGAUAUGUCUGAACCCUGACAACGAGAUUGUAGGUGGAGAAGCUUUUGAGAGCCUGGCGGGUGACAGCAACUCUGCCAGCCGGAAAGAAUCCCAGCAGCACGGGGUACGCACUGCGGAGAAGCUGCUACGGGAAUUUCACCCGCACUCGGAGUCGGCGCAGACCCAGCUGCGGCUGCUGCAGAACCUCUGCCUGCUGGCCACCAGGGAGAAGGCGAACGUCGAGGUGGCUCUGGGCGCCUUCAUUGAAAUGGCCCAGGCUGAGAAGGAGAGCACUCCUGCACUUCUGGCCAUGGCGCAAGCAUACAUGCUGCUGAAACAAGUCCCCAAGGCCCGCACACAGCUGAAGCGCCUGGCCAAAGUCCCGUGGGUGCUGGAUGAGGCCGAAGACCUGGAAAAGAGCUGGCUUCUCCUGGCCGACAUCUACUGCCAAGGCGGCAAAUUUGACUUGGCCUUGGAGCUGCUGCGCCGCUGUCUGCAGUACAACAAGUCGUGCUGCAGGGCCUAUGAGUACAUGGGCUUCGUCAUGGAGAGGGAGCAGUCCUACAAGGAUGCAGCGACCAACUAUGAGCUGGCCUGGAAGUACAGUCACCAGGCCAACCCUGCCAUCGGUUUCAAACUGGCUUUCAACUACCUGAAAGACAAGAAAUUUGUAGACGCCAUUGAAGUCUGUCACAGGGUCCUGGCGGAGCACCCCAACUACCCCAAGAUCAGAGAGGAGAUUUUGGAGAAAGCCCAAGGGUCCUUGAGGCCCUAGCUAUGGCUGGAGAGGGCUCAGUCCGGUAGAAGCCAUCAAUCUAGAGACACU